AUGGGCUCCGUCCAAGACUCUCCCGCCGAGGAGUUUGAGGAGUUUACGGUCCUCGUCACCGGCUUUGACGCGUUCAAGUCGGAAUACCCUCAGAACCCCUCCUGGGAGAUUGCCCGCCGGCUGCCCGAGUACCUGCCGGCGCGGACAAAGACGGCAUCUUCUACGGCAUCCUCUACGACGACGGCUCCGUCACCAGCGUCUGUACCGCCCGUGCGCAUUGUCGUCUACCCAGGACCCGUCCGCGUCAACUACCAGGCUGUCCGCACGCUCGUGCCCACACUCUGGGACGGCACGCCGACCAAGGUGGGGGGCGGGGCGUAUGACGAUGGCAAAGAAGACAAAGAAGGCAGAGAGGGCACGGAAUUUACGCCCCCGAAAAAUAUUGACCUCGUCCUCCACAUUGGCAUGGCGGGCCCCCGCCUCCACUACGCCCUCGAGCGCGUCGGCCGCCGCGACGGCUACACCCUGCGCGACGUCGACGACCAGCUGCUCGGCGACACCCCCGCGGACCGCGGCGACCCCCGCUGGCCCUGGUACGGCGUGCCGGCCGCCCUCGAGUCCCAUCUCGACCUGGACGACGUGCUGGCCCGGUGGCGCGGCCAUGCGGCGCCCGGCGCGGACCUGCGCAUCUCCGUGGACGCCGGCCGCUACCUCUGCGACUUUAUCUACUUUAGCUCGCUGGCCCACCUGUACCGGCGGGACCAGGAGGCCGACCACAAGGACGCGCGGUAUGCGCGGCGCCGGGUGGCUUUUUUGCACGUGCCAGCGGCCGCGACGCCCGAGCGGGUAGAGGCCGGGAGGGCGCUCGUGGUGGAGCUGAUCCGAUCGCUGGUGGAGUCGGAGGUGGUGGCACGGGGGAACGGCGACACGCCUGUGGCGAAUGCGUCGGCGGCGGCGGCGAGUGCGGCGGCGCCGGGGGCAGACACAGUGACGGGGAAGUGGUACCGCGACUAG